AAAGCACUGUACUAAGCGCUGAGCCCUGUUCCAUCCCGGGACACGGAAAGGGAUGGUCGAUUCCCACGGGGCGGAGGGGGCGGGAAGCUUCAUCCUCCUCUUGCACGGCACUGUUGGCACCCUCCCGAAAGAGGGGGCAAAGGUCAAGCAGGCGGGGCUAAAGGGCCAGGCAACCAAUGGCCGCCGGGGGCGAGCGUGAUUGACAGGGCCGCCGGCCAAUGGGAGGCCGAGGAGCGGGAGGGCCAAGCCUCCCGGGGCCCAAGACGCCGAAGGGAGAGGUUGCAGUCAAUUCUAGACAUAGGUGGAAUCAGCCAUGGACAAUCCAAAUGACUCCAUUAAACGGUCCAUAUGCAACGGGAUUCCUGAGAAGAAAAGCAACUUCAUGAUGGCUGAAGAGCAUGGCCAGAGAAUCUUAAAUGUGCUGCAGAGUUUUAGAGACCAAGAUAUCUUUUAUGACUUUAAAAUAAUUGUGAAAGAUGAAAUCAUUCCAUGUCAUCGAUGCGUCCUCGCAGCCUGCAGUGACUUUUUCAGGGUGUGGACAGCGAUGGUGAUAACAUUGGAGGACGGCACAGGGAAUUCAUUCUCUCCAACAACCUGCUAUUCAGUAAUCAGGGCAAUGUUUCAAGUGAACAUGAAAGAAAGAGAUGGGGGGAGUGUCACCAUUAGCAAUCUGUCCCCCAAAGCCGUGAAGGCUUUUGUCGAUUACGCGUAUACGGGAAACACCGAGAUAACCGAUGACAACGUGGAAAUGUUCUUCCAGUUGUCGUCAUUUCUUCAGAUUUCACUCCUCUCCAAAGCUUGCAGUGACUUUUUAAUAAAAAGCAUCGACCUCGCCAACUGUUUACAGCUGUUGGCGCUGGCCGACAGCUACGGCUCCAGCCUCUUGUUUGAGCAGACGCUAGCGUUUGCACGGCAGCACUUUUCUUCGCUGCUCGAAUCCAGCGAUUUCCUGGAGAUGAACUUGGGGGUAUUGCAGAAAUUCCUGGAAGCGGACGAACUGAACGUACCUGACGAAGAAGCUGUGCUGAAAGCCGUGCUUUAUUGGACUAAACAUCGCUUGGAAUCCAGACAGAAGCACCUGCCUCAGUUGAUUGAAAAGGUGAGACUGUAUCAGUUACCCGAGGAGGCCCUGGAAGGCUACCUGCUCGCCGAAGAUCACUUAUUCAGAAGCACCGACAGCUUGGCCGCAGUCGAGGAGGCCGUUAAGAGCGUAAGGGCUUCCAGUGGACUCUUUCCAGACGCCCGCCCUUCCACCACCGAAAAAUACAUAUUCGUGCACAAGACAGAGGACGCCGGAGACGGUCAACACACCUUCUGCUAUAACAUUGAGACGGAUAAAUGGAAAGUCCUGCCGCAGACUCAGAUGCUCGCUCUUCCAGGGUCGAGCCUAUCGAGCUACGGCGAGAAGAUCUUCGUGACCGGCGGUUGCAGAGGGAAAUGUUGCCGAGCUAUCCGGCUCCACAUCGCCGAAUCGUACCACGAUGCCACUGAGCAAACCUGGUGCUACUCCCCGGUCAGCAACGAGUUCUCGUUCGUGGCGGAAAUGAAGAAGCCGAGGACCAUGCACACGUCCGUGAUGGCCCUGAACCAGCUGUUCGUCAUCGGCGGAAAGACCAGAGGAGCCCAGGACGCCAAAAGCCUCUUGAAUGUUGAAUCUUACCGGCCCCUCUCCAGAGAGUGGCUCUCCGUGAGCCAGCUGCCCAGAGGCAUCUACUAUCCCGAAGCAAGCGCGUGCCGUGAUAUAAUUUAUGUCCUCGGCUCGGAAGUGGAGAUCUCCGAUGCCUUUAACCCGUCUCUCGAUUGUUUCUUGAAGUACAAUGCUGCGACGGAUCAGUGGUCGGAGCUGGUAGCGGAGUUUGGCCAGUUUUUUCAUGCCACGUUAAUCAAAGCGGUGCCGGUGAACCGCACCCUCUACAUCUGUGAUCUGUCCACUUACAAGGUGUAUAGUUUUUGCCCCGAUACUUGUGUCUGGAAGGGGGAAGGAUCUUUCGAAUGCGCGGGCUUCAACGCCGGAGCCGUCGGGAUUGAGGAUAAAAUUUACAUUUUAGGGGGAGACUACGCCCCAGAUGAAAUCACCGAUGAAGUCCAGGUCUACCACAGUAGCAGGUCCGAGUGGGAGGAGGUCUCACCGAUGCCUCGGGCUUUAACCGAGUUUUACUGUCAGGUGAUUCAGUUCAAUAAAUACCGAGACCCCUGGGCGGGCAAUCACCUGUAAUUUCAGCACGCGAUGGACCGCUUCGAAACCUUUGCCGUUACGGGAGGUGAAAGGCUAUUCGAAGCCCGAUGUGUUUAUUAAGCUGCUGCUUACAGAAAUUAUGAUUAGUUUUACUGUCUUUCCAGCUUAGAAUAUCACUCACACUAUUUCUUUGUCAGGUUUCUGAGGUAGUAGCCUACUAGCUCCUGGAAUGAACUUUUCGAACAACAGUGUAAUAUUAAGACUUCAUUUAAAGGAUAACAGGGAUGAUUUUUUCCACUCUCCCUAAACCUCUCAGAGGUGUAAAUGUUCGUUAGCAAGCACGUGCGUGGUUUUCAUGAACUGUCUAGGCCGACAUUGAAUCCAUUUGAGGUUUUCAGUCCACUUUGCACAACUGCAUUUUCCAGGAUCGUAGAUAACAAAAGACUUCUUUGUUCCCUUCCCUCAAAUUUGGCUAGCUAUAAUUAUGCUAGGUGUGCAAUAUUUGACAGUGCACCUUUGGCUAUCAGGUGGUUGGAGAAGCAGUGUGGCUCAGUGGAAAAGAGCGCGGGCUUUGG